UAAACAAACAACACGAGGAUUUCGUGAAUUUUUGUCGGCGCAACGAAUGUGUUUCAUUUCUAAUUAAAAUAAUAACGUUUUAAAUUUGUGUAAUUAUAAUUUGUUGGAUUAUUUAUCAUAUAUAAUGGCAGAAGAAACGAAACCAGAAAAGUUGACUUACAAGGAUAAGUUGAAAUUCGCCAACGCCAUAUCCAAACCCAUGGCUUCGAAAGGUACCACCAAACGACUACUCAAAUUGAUCAGAAAAGCGGCCGAAAAUAAAUCGAUACGUGUAGGAUUGAAAGACGUUCAGAAACAAAUUCGACGAGGUGAAAAAGGAAUCGUAGUAUUCGGAGCUGACGUUACUCCUGUUGACAUAAUGUGUCAUAUGCCAGCAAUUUGCGAGGAGAAAGAUAUUCCAUAUUGUUAUACUCCUUCGAGGGAGGAUAUCGGUCACGCUGCCGGUUUACAUCGUACAGCUGUCAUGGUUCUCGUGAAACCAAACCCGGAAUACGCCGAAUUAUACGAAGAGUGCCAAACAGAAGUCCAACACUUACCAGUACAAUUGUAACUUUUUUAUCGUGAUUUUUUUAAUAUAUAUUUUUUCAUUUUAGUUCACAAAAAACGACUACGUUUGUUCUACGAUGUGUAUUCAGCGAUAAAAAAAUUGACACAGUCUAUCUUAGAAAAUAUUCAAAAAUGAAAAAAAAUUAUAAAGUAACUCGUAGUAAAAAGAGAAAAAAAAUAUCUUAAAACAGGUGAUCUAGAAGAUAAAAUUGAGGAAAACAGCACAAAAACGUGAUUUUUUUUUUUUCAUUAAAACGUAAAAUGAUUACUUAGAUAGAAAAAAAUAGGAUAUAAAUUUAUAAAAUAGAAAAAGAAAUCGUUAGAUUUGUAUUCGUCGUUGUAAUAUGUUUUUUGAUUUAAGACGUAACUAUUUUGAGAUAAUAUUUUACAUGUGCGGAAGAGAUAAAACACAAGAUAAA